AUGAGUGAUGUGUCUGAGGCUGUGGACGUGAAGGCAGCGGCAACACAUUCUGCAAACACGCAGCCUGCAGCCACAGAGCCGCACUCUGAGGGCCCUGGGAUCUCCUGCAACAGAGCUUUGGCUUCAUGUUCAUACCAGAGCGGAUAUGAAGCCCACCUGGAGAGACAUGGUGUAAACAAACCUGCUUUUACCGGCUACGACUUCCACCACCGCGGAGACUGCACCAUGCUGAGCCGGCUCUUCAGUGAAGUGCUCCCGGACGUGGAGCGGCUCGCGGACUGGGCGGAGGAGCACGAACACAAAGACCAGGACCAGGACCAGGACCAGAGCGCUCUGAUGGAGCACGACCUGGAGGACGCUCAGGAGGGAAGCAGCAGCAGAGCCGAGUCUGAGAUGACAGGGGACCAUGAUGAUGAUGAUGAGGACGAGGAGGAAGCGGAGGAAGAGGACUGUGGGGACGAGGACGGUGUGGACGGAAAGCCCAAGAAGCGCGGACCUAAAAAACGCAAGAUGACUGCAGAGCGCGUGGAGCGCUCCAAGGUGCGGCGCAUGAAGGCGAACUCCCGGGAGCGGACGCGGAUGCACGACUUGAAUUCAGCCCUGGACAAUCUGAGGAAGGUCGUGCCGUGCUAUUCCAAAACCCAGAAACUGUCAAAGAUCGAGACUCUGCGUCUUGCCAAGAACUACAUUUUGGCGCUGGGGGAGAUCUUGCGCAACGGUAAAAGACCUGACGUAGUGACGUACGUGCAGAUGCUGUGCAAAGGACUGUCCCAGCCCACCACGAACCUGGUGGCGGGCUGCAUGCAGCUCAACACCCGGAACUACCUGACGGAGCAGUGCCCGGACGGGGCCCGCUUCCACAUGGCAAGCUCGCCCUUCUCUGUGCCCUACUCGUACCGCUGCUCUCGGCUGAGCCCUCACUACCAGUCCGCAGCGGGGCCUCUGAGCCUGCGCGGCCAGAGCUACAGCUCCGCGUACGAGGCCUCGGACUACAGCAGCCCGGACUACGAGGCCGCGCACAGUCCCGUGUGCACGAGCCGCCAGCACGAGUCCUCAGACUCGGACCGGAAUUACCACUAUUCUAUGCAUUACUCUGGACUUUCCACGUCCAGGGGCAACUUGUCUUAUGGGGCAUCUGGAGCGCGCAACAGCGGCGCGCACGCGGAGAACAUUCCACCUUUUCACGAAGUGCACGUGCACCAUGAGAGACCCGCACAGUACGAGGAUCUCAAUGCUUUUUUCCACAACUGA